AGAGCGCAACCCACUAAUGAUUUCAUUAGAGCUUCAAAACGGUGCACACCAAAGAUUCAAAGGAAGAUACCACUUACCGGUCCAAAUAACUUUGAAAGCCCCAAAUCGAUCUCGAUCACAACCCUAACGAAGACCCGCGAAGCUUUAUCCAGAAGGGCGAGAGAUUCAACCAACGAUGACGAAGUUCGAGCAUCCAACCAGUUUAUGAAUGAUAGCCGUCCAUUUCUCUUGAGAUGUUUUGGUUAUAAAUCUGGUUUCUUCCCAUCAGGAGGUAGAGGUGAACAGAAUGGAUUUCCUUCGGCGACUUAAAGAGAUCAUCAAUCUACCCCGCGACGAUGUCAUGUCUUCGCCGCAAUGGUUUUCCCAGAACGUGCUGCCUCACGAAACCCUGCGGCUCGACUCUUCCCAUUUGGAGGUAGAGGUGAACAAAAUGGAGAUCACCAAUCUACCGCCCGACGAUGUCAUGUCUUCGCCGCAGUGGUUUUCGCAGAACGUGCUGCCUCACGAAAACCUGCGGCUCGACUCUUCCGAUAUGGUGGUAGAGGUGAACAAAACAAAUCUCCUUAGGCGACUUGAAGAGAUCACCAAUCUACCGCGCGAUGAUAUCAUGUCUUCCCUGCAGUGGUUUUCCCAGAACGUGCUGCCUCUCCAAAACUGCUGGUGGGUCACGUUGGUACUGAGACUGUUUGCCUCCCGCAUGCCCUUUGAAGACAACCCCGGCCCCCUGAUUUUAUUCCAAAAAAACAGCCCUCAACAUCAGUCUGUCAAAGAGGCGCUGGAAUGGUUUGCCAAGAAGCUGCAGUUAUGCAAAGAAGACAGCCCCGAAUGUAGGGAUGUCACGGCGGUUCUGCGAUAUUUUGUCCAUCAAUUGGGGUUAUACAAGGAUGAUAAUCCUAAUUGCUGCCAGAUAAAGGUGUCUAAGAUGGGUAGGGCAGUUUUUGAGGCUAUGACAAAGAACAAGUCCAGAAAUGCUCUUGAGCGUGAAUAUCUUCAUUAUUGGUCAUCUCAUGUGAUAGAAUCUAAACAAAGUUCUCCCGUGGUAGAAUCGGAUUCCACGGAUUCUGAUGUUCCUAGCUGGACCGUUCUUAUUCCUCAUGUUAAUGGCAGGGCAUUACCUUAUGAUGGAUUUCAGUGGAGUGAUACAAAUUUUUAUCUACACAAAUGUGAUGUUGAUUCAUGUUCAGCCAUGAAGCAUGUGUACUGGUGUCAUGAACCCAAUCUGACCAUUUUGUACGAGGGAGCUCAUUAUCAUAAACCUCUAUUUGACUUACCGGAUGAGAUAGAGAUUAGUGAUCCUCUAGAGUCUAUGAAGAGGUAUAUUUGUCAUUUUCCCGCAGAAUAUAAGUUUCACAAGAGCACUCUCAUUCAAUUAUGGAUAGCUGAAGGGUUCAUUAAGGAAGAUCUAAAUGGUAGAAUGGAAGACACUGGCAGUGUGCAUUUCGAUUGUUUAUUGAAGGAAAAGUUUAUAGUGUGUGCACAAAGGGAUCCUAGGUUCCUGGAUGGGAAUACAUACAAAGUCAAUACGGCCAAGAUUGGGGAGAGUUUACUGUUAAAUGAUGACAAGCUGGAAUGUAUCUCUGAAGAUAUAAAGACCAUGUCCCUCCUCUACAAGGACAUAAAUCACGUUUUUGAGUCUCUCAAAAAAUUUAAGAGUUUGUCCACCCUACUUUUGUUUCCGCGUCCUGGCAUUUGCAUCAAGCCCCUUACUGAUGCAAUCCUCAUGAGAUCUUUAAACGUUUUAAAGUUAAGUGAUUCCGGCAUUUCUGAAUUACCGGGCUCGAUUGGGUGUCUGGAGUCGCUGCGUUAUCUUGAUGCCUCUAAUACGACCAUUGGGGGAUUGCCUUCAACAAUUUGUCAGCUUCAAUAUUUGCAAACUUUGAAACUCAAAGAUUGCUUAAACAUUUAUUAUUUACCUCGAGACUUGAAGAAGUUGAUUAGUCUUAGGCAUCUUGAUUUGGAUGUUGCUCACAUGUUAAAACGUUUACCGGCAGGGGUGGGAUGCUUAACCAACCUUCAGACAUUGCCAGCGUUUGUUCUUGAUCAAUUUGGUGAGUGUAGAAUCGGGGAACUCAAGCAUUUGAAUAACCUUAGUGGAGAAUUUCGCAUUCUGCAGCUUGAAUAUGUGGUGAAUGCAGAUGAGGCUAAGGAAUCAGCAUUGUGUGAAAAAAGAUACCUUGACAAAUUGGAGUUGCAAUGGAGCUAUUACCAUAAAAAUGUUGACAAAGAGGAGGAAAUUCUUGAAUGUCUUCAACCCCAUUACAAUCUUAAGGAGUUGAGUAUAUGCAGCUACCUUGGGUCGCAUCUUCCUAGCUGGAUUGGCAAUCCAUUAUUCAAGGACCUUGUCGGUAUUAAUCUGGAUGCGUGCACAAACUGCCAAUUUCUCCCUUCUAUUGGGGUUUUGCCUUCCCUCAAGGUUCUUUGCAUCUGGAAAAUGGAUUGCGUGAAGCAAAUUAGCGAAUCUUUUUUCAGAAAUAGCACAUAUCCGACUGGUGUUUCAUUUCCAAAUCUAAAUAUGCUGAUGCUUGAUGACAUGCCUAGUUUGGAAAAGUGGACUGGAAUGGAAAUAGGUGAUUUACCAAGCUUGCGUGAACUCAGAAUUGAUUCUUGUCCAGAACUCGUUACUCUUCCUUGUUUAUCAAGCCUCAAAUCACUAGAAAAUUUGCAACUAAUCGACUGUCCAAAGCUCUCACCCUUUGUAGGAGAAUUACCAAUGUCGAUGAAGGAGCUUUAUGUAGAUGGUAGCCCUCUAAUCGAACAACAGUGCAACUCGGAGAGUGGUAAGGACUGGCAGAAAGUAGUUCAUGUGCCCUCUCUUUAUAUGGGUGGCCAAUGGAUCUCCACGGGUAUGGGCGAGAUUUUUUCAACUCAAAAUCUUCAAGGAAGUCCUCUACCAAGUGGUACAGCUACCCAAUCAUCCAUCCAAGCUUCCACCACCAUCUAAGGUCCUAAACAACUGCAAUUUGUUUGAUAAUCUGUAUAGCUGCUGUCUGCUGGGGAUAUGUUCUGAUGUAGAGAUGUUCGUGCUUUCUUUGGUAAUGUUCGGACUUCUGAUGUUCAAGAUUCAAAUUGUCGUGACAGAUCGUUUAUGACAUUAUUCCUGGUUGGGAAUGAUAAGUUUCUGGUGGUGAUUCUGGUUUAAUUUGGGUAUGCGUUACCCGGUAGUACUAGCCAGACUUUGUUGGGGCUUUGAAUGGCAAGCUCUUUGUUGUUUUUUAUUUGGAUGUGAUGCUUGAUCCAUAUUUAAUUAAGUAUGGUGCACGCUGCAAACAUGUCCCCGCAUCUUCUUGUUUUUUUUUUUUUAUGGUUCCGCCUAGUUUGAUAUGUGUUUCCCUACUGAGGACUUUUGUUCUAUUAGUGCAUCUUAUUUUUGAACCA